GUGCCCAAGGUGUCCCAUGGGUCCAUGUCGAUCGUGGCCGAAGAGGCGAAGGCAAUCGCAGCGGCGGCAGCAAAAGCUGCUGAAGCAGCGACAAAGGCGGCCAGCGGAGGUGUGGCGGAGACACCAGCGGGUGAUGGUGGAAAGCAAGGGAAAACGAGCGCUAAGGGAGCCGCCGUAAAGGACGGAGGCGAAAGUGAAAGACGAAGGUGGCGAACCGGAGCGGGCCGGCCUCGCUCGAGAUAA